AUGGCGCCUGCGAUCCGCGAGGUUACCCAGACAUUCAUCGAGGAGGGCACCACUGUUGUGCAAGUCGUUACUCUGAAUACCAAGCCGUGGCCAACCUUGAACUUGGUUACAUUCACAGUGACGACUCCACACACGACUGUCCUUCGGGUGAUCGAUACAGCAACUUCUGCACCUGACACAACCAAUUCAGACAAAAGCAGCGGCUUAUCAAAUGCAGACAAAGGCACAAUAGCGGGGUCUAUUCUCGGUGCUGCAGUCUUUCUACUGCUCUUGUACUAUUGUCAUCUAUGUCGUCUGCAGCGGACAUCGACUCGGCGAUCGGCAAAAAUUCCACUUGACCCGAAAGAUCCUGAAGCUUCAGACCCAGCACCACCAGAUCCUUCUCCUACUGACAACCCAUCGAAGAAAAAGAAGACCGUUACCAUAUCCUCUGAUCUUCCUCGAUACUUUCCUCCAUACUCAGCCUCGAAGAGUACCAAGCCGAUCAUUUCACCUCUUGUGAGGAUAACGACAGAAAUGAAUUUGCGCACUGGGCUGGAGACAAGAGCGGGAAGAUUAGGACAACCGGUUCGCUUUUUGAUUCGAGAACGGGAGAAACCGCCGAGGGUUAAGAAGCGCCGGAGGCAUAGGCGUCGAAGCAAACACAAAGCAAAGGCUGAUCAGCAUUGA